AUGGGACUCAACGAGGACGAUAUGUCGAAUCAUCACAACUCUUCUCUUACAAAAGAUUUCCUUGCUUCCCCUCCUGUUCUUUCACUCAGCCUCGCAGGGAUUUUCCGAUAUGGGGAGUCGUCAUCGUCGGCGGCGGCGGCGGCGGCAACGGCAGGAAUGGAGGAGAAUGCUGAUCAAGUGGUACUGGUGGAGGAGGGAGGAGGAGGAAGGAGAGACGAGUUGACGCUGGAUAUUAAUAGUGAUAAUUCCGGUGCGGCGAGAUUGAGAUUGGAGGAAGAGAUCGACGGCGAGGGGCUGCUGGGGGAUUUUGAAGAUGAAGAUGAUGAUGAGGUUCAGUAUGAAGAUGAUGAAGAUGAUCAUGAUAUUGGAGAUAGGAGGAAGAAAAGGAAGAGGAGAAAGUAUCAUAGACACACUCCUGAGCAAAUCAAAGAGAUGGAAUCGCUAUUUAAAGAAUCACCACAUCCAGAUGAGAAACAAAGAAAACUACUGAGCAUUCAACUGGGACUUUCAGCUAGACAAGUCAAAUUCUGGUUUCAAAAUCGCCGUACCCAAAUCAAGGCUAUGCAAGAGCGACAUGAGAAUUCACUUCUCAAAACUGAAAUGGAUAAAAUAAAAGAUGACAAUAAGAUCUUAAGAGAAACCCUGAAGAGAGCUUGCUGCCAAAAUUGUGGAUUCACCAAUGCUGCCCCCGAAGACCAACAUCUUCAUGAUGAAAACAUUCAACUCAAGGCUGAGGUUGAAAAACUGAGAGCGGUUGUAGGAAAAUACCGGCCAGGAUCUUUGCUAACUAGUUCAUCGUGUUUGAAUGGAAACGAGCAUGAGGAUCGAAGCUUGUUGAAUGUCAACAAUGGAAUUUUCGGGCUUGAAAAGCCGAGAAUAAUGGGGAUUGCCAAUCAAGCAAUGGAAGAACUUAAGAAGAUGGCUACUGAUGGUGAGCCCUUAUGGGUACUUAGCGUGGAGACUGGUCGAGAAAUUCUCAACUAUGAUGAAUAUACUAAGGAUUUUUCGUUGGAUAAUGGAAUGAAUCUAAGGCCGAAAAGGUCCAUUGAAGCUUCGAGGGAUUCAGUGGUAGUCUUUAUUGAUCUUCAUCGUCUUCUGCAGUGUUUCAUGGACGUGAAUCAAUGGAAGGAUAUGUUUUCAUCCAUUGUCUCAAAGGCUAAUACUGUCUAUGUAAUUAGCAAUGGUGAAGGACCUCAUAGGAAUGGUGCUAUUCAAUUGAUGUUUGCGGAGCUACAAAUGCUGACACCAUUAGUGCCGACUCGAGAAAUUAACUUUGUCCGAUAUUGUAAGCAAAUGAGUGUUGAUCUAUGGGCGAUAGUUGACGUUUCUAUAGAUCAAUUCGAAGACAACUUCAAUUCGUCCCACAUGAAGUGUCAAAAAAAGGCAUCUGGUUGCAUCAUUGAGGAUAAGGGAAAUGGUCAUUGUAAGGUGACAUGGGUGGAACACUUAGAAUAUUGUAAGAAAACCAUAGUUCCUACAAUGUAUCGAUCGAUAGUUAAUAGUGGAAUGGCUUUUGGUGCGAAGCGUUGGGUCUCGACGCUUCAACAACAGUGCGAGCGUAUCGUGUUUUCCUUGGCCAGCAAUGUCCCGACAAAGGAUUCUACUGGUGUGCCCUCGUUGGCGGGUAGGAAAAGCAUUUUGAAAUUUGUGCAACGAAUGACGUCGAGUUUUUGUCGUGCUAUUGGCUCGUCAAGCUACCAUACUUGGACGAAGGUGUUAAGCAAAAACGGGGAGGAUAUACGCUUAUGUUCUAGGAAGAACUUGACUGAUCCGGGGGAGCCUCUAGGUUUGAUUGUAUGUGCGGUUUCAUCUUUAUGGUUGCCCGUGUCUCAACAUGAUCUUUUCGACUUCUUAAGAGACGAAACCCACAGACAUGAGUGGGAUGUAAUGUCAAAAGGUGUUCCUUCGAAACUCAUUGCGAACUUAGCUAAAGGACAAAACCAAGGAAACGCGGUUACAAUACAGACAAUGAAGGCGAAGGAUAACAACAACAUUUGGAUACUUCAAGAUAGUUGCACGAACAAUUAUGAGUCAAUGGUGGUUUAUGCUGCGGUGGACGUAUCAGGAAUGCAAAGCGCGAUGGCAGGAUGCGACUCUAGCCACACCACAAUAUUGGCAUCGGGUUUUGCGAUUUUAUCGGACGGAAUGGAGUCAAGGCCAAUGGUGAUCAGGACGAGGCAAGAAGAGGAGGCGAUGGGUGCGGAAGGAGGUUCGGUGCUUACUAUGGCAAUCCAAGUUCUUAUAAAUAGCAACCCAACUGCCAAAUUCAACAUGGAAUCAAUGGAAUCUGUCAAUUCUAUCAUUUCUUCAUGCUUUAAGAAAAUCAAGAUAGCUCUUCAUUGUGAAGAGUGCUGA